AUGGAAAAGAUCGACAAGACAGUACCCUCAGAUGACAUAACAGACUCUAUCGAAAUCAUUCAAAGAGUGUUGGAGGUAUUUCGCUCCCCAGAAUCAUUGUACAAUCAAUUCCCAGCAUUGGAAGGCACAGAAUUGAAACCGUCUAAUGUAAAUCUUCAUGAACUACUUCGAUCGUUCUUGGCAAUCAAAAUCUUGCGCCACUCGUUGAUUGAAGACGAUGGUGGAAACACAACCCCUGAGCGCUCACCCAUUCCACGCCUCGAUAUUUACAAAGUUUACUACAUACUAUGCCAAAAGCUCAUUCUCAAAUAUCCGUCCUCCUCAAAUACUACAAGUUUACAACAGAAGUUAAUAUUUGGGCAAUCGAAAUUGGGAAAGCUCAUAAAAUUAGUAUACCCUAACUUGGUAUCAAAACGAUUAGGGCGUCGUGGUGAGUCAAGAUACAACUACCUCGGUAUUCGAUGGAAUGAGAACAUUGUCAGCGAUGAGAUCACGCAGAUGUUCAACAGUGACUUGCCCCAAUUAACGGAGCUCUUCAAAGUACUGAAGAAGCCACAUGGGCUUUCUCAUGGAAAACUGGCUUCACGCCGUCAGUCUUCACUUGGACGAUUCUCAGGGAAGAAGCUGUCCAGUGCUCUGACCCAACCUGAAAUGAUAUUUCGUAUCAAAGCACAAGGCACCUUUGUUGAACCCAAUCAUUUCUACCCUGAAGGAGCUUUUACACUGAAGGCGUUCCUUGACGAACAAUUGAACGAUAAUAUCGAAAAGAAUUGGUUUGCAGCAACAUUGAAAACUUCAACCGAUGCGUUGGCCACUGCUGGUGUAUUGCCAGAUGACAUCAACCGGCUUUUAUUCAGCGCGGAUGGCAACUCGGAAGCGGGUGAUGGAGAUGACGACGAACUUCUACGUGGUAUAGUGGAUUUCAUAAUUCCGAAACUUCUCGUUUCCCCGGAUCAACCAAAAAUUUACCUUCAUUUGUUCAUGGUCAUCUCACUUAAGGUGUUUCCGCAUCUCCUACUGCUCAGGAAGCCUCUACACUCGGACAGCAUUAAAAGCUUAACAGGCAAAGUAACGCAUUUGAUCAAAAAAAUCGAGAGCGAGAUGGGUCCUCUUGUCAAUCAGAAAAUGGAACAGCAAGAUAUUAGGAACUUUCUUGGAAUCUUGUCUCGAAUGAUCCAUUUGAACCAGCUCCUAGCUGCUUUCUUUAAAGCGGACUUACAGGACUAUGUGCUCAAGGAAAUGCAAGAAGAUGUCACUAGAAUUGUUACAGAAGGCGAGAAAGACGGACUUAAUGAGACUUAUCGCUUGAUAUCGGAGGCUUGCAUCAGCGUGCUUCUUGCGUGUCGAUACAAACCACUGUUUCGAGGGGUUCCAGUGACAGAUAGCGUAAGGCAAUUUCUUUUUGAGUCCUGUCAUUCCAUUGAACAGAUGGUGAGUCAAGACUUGGCCCUGUUUGUAAUGAACGUCAUGGAGGGCUGGUUGCCACAAACAGAGGAAAGCUUCCACGGUGCCCUCAAAUUUAGGCUACUUCUUGCCACACUUAAACUUGUUGAUGAGGGAGUGCUUAACGAAGACAUCAAAGCGAGGUUUCCAGCCCUGGUUAUCCGAGGGCUUUACUCGAGGAUAGCAAUCCAGAUACUUCAGUUCACAUAUAGGGCACAUGCAUCAAUGCUCGGUGGUAAGACGAUGACCCAGCGAAUCCUACUUUUCGCUUGUGAGUACCUUGAUGUAUUGGCCGAGAUUAACAGUCUUCAUCUAAAGGCCGUUGAACAGCCUUGA